AGAAACCUUCCUUUUCCCCCUCCUCCCGUGAUGUAUGUGCAUGCAUGAUAUAUGUCGAGGAGGGGGAAAGCCCGUUGCCUCCCUCCCAUUGGCUGCCAUCCGUGCCGUCACAUGCCGGGAUGCAAGACAGACCGGGAGGCAUUCGGGGUCCGGACCAGAAGCAGGCAACACGGCUGGCAACACGGCUGGCAACACGGCUUCGGCAUGGCUUCCUUGGCCGGUGCCUUGCUUUUCCUCUCGGCAUGGGUUAUUGCCUGCCUCUCCGUCCCUCCCGGCAGCCAAGUGAAUUUGCUGGACACUUCCACCAUUAUCGGCGACUGGGGCUGGCUCACCUACCCUUCUCAUGGGUGGGACUCCAUCAAUGAAAUGGACGAGUUUUUCAACCCGAUCCACACCUACCAAGUGUGCAACGUCAUGUCGCCGAACCAGAACAACUGGCUGCGGACGAGUUGGGUGCAGCGGCACGGGGCGCACCGGGUCUAUGCGGAGAUCCGCUUCACCCUGCGGGACUGCAACAGCAUGCCCGGGGUGCUGGGCACCUGCAAGGAGACCUUCAACCUCUACUACCUCCAGUCCGACCGGGACUUGGGCAGCGCCCCCCGCGAGAGCCAGUUCGUGAAGAUCGACACCAUCGCGGCCGACGAGAGCUUCACCAACGUGGACCUGGGCGUCCGGCGGCUCAAGCUCAACACCGAGGUGCGGGGCGUCGGGCCGCUGACCAAGCGAGGCUUCUACUUGGCCUUCCAGGACAUCGGCGCCUGCAUCGCCGUCGUCUCCGUCCGCGUCUACUACAAGAAGUGCCCAGCCAUGGUGAGGAACCUGGCCUCGUUCUCCGAGGCCAUCACCGGGGCCGACUCCUCGUCUCUCGUGGAAGUCCGCGGCGAGUGCGUCCGGAACGCGGAGGAGAGGGACACCCCCAAAAUGUACUGCAGCGCGGAAGGAGAAUGGCUGGUGCCCAUCGGGAAGUGCGUCUGCAGCGCCGGAUACGAAGAGCUGAGGGAUUCUUGCCGAGCCUGUCAAGUGGGCUCUUACAAGUCUUCCCCGGGGGACCAGCUUUGUGCCAAGUGCCCACCCCACAGCUAUUCGGAGACCCCGGCGGCGCAGGUGUGUCGUUGCGAAACUGGCUUUUACCGAGCGGCACUGGACCUCCCUUCGGUGGCCUGCACACGUCCUCCCUCGGCGCCCAUGGGCCUGUUGUCCAGCGUGAACGGCACCUCGGUGACCCUGGACUGGGCCCCUCCGCAGGACAAAGGGGGCCGCAGUGACGUCAUCUACAACGUCAUCUGUCGCCGCUGCACGUGGGACUCGGGGCAGUGCGAAGCCUGUGGGGCCGGCAUCCGCUUUGUGCCCCAGCAGAUGAACCUGGCCCAGGGCUCUCUGGCGGUCGGCAACCUCCUGGCUCACACCAACUACUCCUUCUGGGUGGAGGCCGUCAACGGGGUCUCGGACCUGAGCCCCGAGCCACCACAGUUCACGGCCGUCAACAUCACCACGAACCAGGCAGCUCCGUCGCAAGUGGUGGGCGUCCACCAGGAGAACGUGGGUCAAAGCAGCAUCACACUUCUGUGGCAAGAACCGGAACAACCCAACGGCAUUAUCCUGGAAUAUGAAAUCAAGUACUACGAGAAGGACAAAGAAAUGCAGAGUUACUCCACCUUGAAGUCCAAAGGCAACAGCACCACCGUUUCCGGUCUGAAGCCGGCCACCCGCUAUGUCUUCCAGGUCCGAGCCCGGACCUCCGCCGGCUGCGGCCGAUUCAGCCAAGCCAUGGAAGUCGAGACGGCCAAAGCAAUUCCUCGUUACGACACCGCCACCGUCGUCUGGGUCUGCCUCACACUUAUCAGCGGACUCGUCACCCUGCUUUUGUUUCUGAUUUGCAAAAAGAGGCACUGCGGCUACAGCAAAGCUUUCCAGGACUCCGAUGAGGAGAAGAUGCAUUACCAGAACGGACAAGUGAAGUUCCCUGAGUCCAAGUUCUAUGUGGAGCCGCACACUUACGAGGACCCUUGCCAAGCGGUGCACGAAUUCACCCGGGAGAUCGAAGCCUCCAGGAUUAAGAUCGAGAAAGUCAUUGGAUGUGGGGAGUCGGGCGAAGUGUGCUACGGCCGGCUGAAGUUACCUGGCAAGCGGGAGAUGCCCGUGGCGGUCAAGGCUCUGAAGGCCGGCUACACCGAGAAGCAGAGGCGGGACUUCCUGAGCGAAGCCAGCAUCAUGGCGCAGUUUGACCACCCCAAUGUCAUCCACCUGGAAGGGGUCGUCACCAAAAGCAAAUUAGUCAUGAUUGUGACCGAGUACAUGGAGAACGGCUCGCUGGAUUCCUUCCUCCGGAAACACGACGGGCAGUUCACCGUCCUCCAGCUGGUGGUCAUGCUGCGGGGCAUCGGUGCCGGCAUGCGCUAUCUCGCUGACCUGGGCUACGUGCACCGCGACCUGGCUGCCCGCAACAUCCUGGUCAAUGGCAACUUGGUCUGCAAAGUCUCCGACUUCGGACUCUCCCGGGUCCUGGAGAAUAAUCCCGAGGCAGCUUAUACCACCACGGGUGGGAAGAUCCCAGUUCGGUGGACGGCGCCCGAAGCCAUCACAUACCGGAAGUUCUCCUCGGCCAGCGACGUGUGGAGCUAUGGCAUUGUCAUGUGGGAAGUGCUGGCGUACGGAGAGCGGCCAUAUUGGAACAUGACGAACCGGGAUGUCAUCCAGUCCGUGGAGGAAGGCUACCGGCUGCCGGCCCCCAUGGGCUGCCCCACCGCCCUCCACCAGCUCAUGCUGGACUGCUGGCAGAAAGACCGCAACGAGAGGCCGCGCUUCUCCCAAAUCGUCGGCAUCCUGGACAAGCUCAUCCGCAGCCCACAGAACCUGAAGUGCACGGCCACCGUCAGCCGGUUCACCCAAACCCUUUCGGAGAGAGGCUGCAUCGAAUUCACCAGCUGCUCCACCGUCGAAGACUGGUUGGACUCCAUUCGGCUGGGCCGAUAUCGAGACAACUUUGCCCUGGCCGGCUACUCAUCCCUCGGCAUGGUGAUGCGGAUGAGCAUCGAGGAUGUGCAGAGCCUGGGGAUCAGCCUGGUGGGACACCAGAGGAAAAUCUUGACCAGCAUCCAGAUCAUGCGGUCUCAGCUGCUCAACACCAUGGGCUCCCAAAGACACCUCUGAUGGCCCUUCCUCCUCGUCCGUGGAUGUUUACAUGCUCCUUCCCUCCGUUUCACGCAUAGGGAGGAACUUCUUCUUCCCAAAAAAGUGGCCGAAAUAAGAAGUUGUCUGCGCAUGACAGUAGCAAUUGAAUCUUGCUACAUAGAAGGGCCUAUAUGUAGUGUGAGGUCCGGCUAAUCCUCACCGUUGGACCACACACUGCGCAGACUUAUGGUGACCACUGACUUGAACGGCAUGGCGCAUAGAUCAAUACAGACGUUGCUUGAAGAACUGGACAGGCCAUGCCGUGGUGCUUCUCAUUCUUCGGCAUGACUCGGGACAAAGAUGUGUACACAGGGUAUAUAUAAACAUUGAUAAGGCCUUCUCUGGCCAUCCCGACGCAAUAAUUGUUGAGAGAGCUGAAGAGGAACAUCUCACACAACAAGAAGGAUGGACUGGGCGGACUUUGUAGACCACGAUUGUCUACUUUAAAAAGGCAGGACUCGUUGAGAUGUUGGCCAACACUCAACACUUGAAGCUCCUUAGCUGUGGCUCCAGAACUUCAGAGUCACGAAUUCAGGUCUCCUUUGUAGACCACGAUUGUCUACUUCAAAAAGGCAGGACUUGUUGAGACGUUGGCCAACACUCAACACUUGAAGCUCCUUAGAUGUGGCUCCAGGACUUCAGAGUCACGAAUUCAGGUCUCCUUUGAGUGUUCCACCUCCAGGUGCUAGACAUCAUUCUGGGUGGCAACCAGUCCUUCCUCCAGCUCCAAGAAAAGUUGGACUGUUGUUACUCCAUUGCUGCUAAAUCGGAGGAUCUUCACCUACACAAGGAGUCUCCUAUGUGCUAAAUGCUGGUCCUUCUCACGCCAUGUUUUGGUUUAUGGAGUGCGGUUGUGUAGAAGGAAGAUUGAUGUGUGUCUUGGGUUGCUGUGAGUCUUUUGGGCUGUAUGGCUAUGUUCCAGAAGCUUUCCCUCCUGACUCAUAACUUCUGAGGAUGCCUGCCACAGAUCUGGGUGAAACAUCAGGAGAGAACAUGACCACACAGUCUGAAAGACUCACCGCAACCCAUGAAAGCCUUCGACAAUACGACGUGUGUAUUUCUUUUCACUCCUCGACACAAGAGAUCCACCCACUUAGCACAAGUUCCAGUCAUCCAUUUAUUCCCCAGUUCCCUUCUGUGCCUGCCAAGUAGAUUUCAGCACUGGGUUCGAAAUCUCAUAAUGGAACUCACUACAGAGUCUUGGUGUCACAGUUGGCAGAGGUUUUCUACCACAGCCUCUGACCUUGUUUAAUAGCUCACCAGCUUGAGCUAGUACUUCCUCAUGUUCUUCUCACGCCGUGUCACAAAUUAAGUUAAAUUAGCCUCCCUGCAUUAAGCGGUACCUAGAAUUUUCUACUUACAGACACAUCUGCUUUCGAACUGCUUAGGUCAACAGCAAGCUAGGCUGUUAACCGUCGGGAGCUUCAGACCAAUAACCUCACGGUCAGUGAUGAUUUAUUGCUGCUGGCCACUCCCCCUCUCAAUUGAUUGACAGCUACAGGGCCCAGGAAGUGGGACCUGGUGGGCGGGCUUUGUGAGCUAUUCUGGAACGCAAUAACAUGUGGCUAGCCACCUCGGCAGGGCAAAUAAUAACACCUCACUUUUACUCUACGGUUGUAUAGCGGAAAUAUGUCGUUUCUUCCUAUGGAAGCUUGUGUCCUUUUUACACAAUAGGGAAAGAUGCAAUACUUUCUUCUUCUUUUUUCCAAGGUGCGUUGGGAGUGAAAUCCCUGCAAUAAUAUAACAAGGAAGUGGUGGGUUUUGGGGUUUGGGGAGAAGAAGACACUGCAGGGCGGAAAUGGCUUCCAAGAAUGGAUGAAAGCGGGACCGUGUUCUGAAUAGACACUGCGAGGAGAUCCUUGGAUGUUGCCUCCUGCUCGAACGUUCUCCUGUUUCUGCAGAGAAUAAAACUUGUGCGUUCACCACCGGA